GCCGGGCGGGGACGGGCGGCGGCCGACAGCGGCUGCCGUUGCCCGCCGCUCGGCCCUCCGGAGGGGCGGCCCCGGCUACGCGCCCGGAGCCCCGGGCGGACGGCGGGAGCGCGCAGGACCGUCUGGGACAGAAUGUCACGAUGGACGAGGGCGGCGCGCCCCUGCUCCCCGACAGCCUCGUCUACCAUAUCUUCCUGAACCUGGGCCCCGCAGACGUGCUGGCCGCGGGCCUGGUGUGCCGCCAGUGGCAGGCUGUGUCCCGGGAUGAGUUCCUUUGGAGGGAGCAGUUCUACCGAUACUACCAGGUGGCGCGGGACGUGCCCCGACACCCAGCUGCCACGUCCUGGUAUGAGGAGUUUCGGCGACUGUAUGACACUGUGCCCUGCGUGGAGGUACAGACGCUGAAGGAACACACGGACCAGGUCCUGCACCUCAGCUUUUCCCAUUCAGGUUGCCAGUUUGCCUCUUGCUCCAAGGACUGUACUGUGAAGAUCUGGAGCAACGACCUGGUGGUCUCACUGCUACACAGUGCUGACAUGCGGCCCUACAACUGGAGCUACACCCAGUUCUCCCAGUUCAACAUGGACGACUCACUGCUGUUGGUGUCGGGCGUGUUCCUGGGGCCCCACAACUCCUCAUCAGGCGAGAUCACUGUCAUCAGCCUGGACACUUUCGCCCUGCUGUCCCGUGUGCGCAACAAGCCCUACGACGUGUUUGGCUGCUGGCUCACUGAGACCAGCCUCAUCUCGGGGAACCUGCACCGGAUUGGUGAGAUCACCUCGUGCUCGGUGCUCUGGCUCAACAACGCCUUCCAGGACGUGGAGUCGGAGAACGUGAACGUGGUGAAGCGGCUCUUCAAGAUUCAGAACCUCAACGCUAGCACUAUCCGCACGGUCAUGGUGGCUGACUGCAGCCGCUUCGACAGCCCCGACCUGCUACUGGAUGCCGGCAGCCCAGCAGCACCCUCCUGCCAGGUCUUUGACCUUGGCAGCAACAGUGAGGAUGAGGCACCGGCCCCGGGACGGGCUAAGGAGGGCCUGCGGCGCUUCCUUGACGACAUCCUGGACGGGCGGGUGCGGCCCCCGCUGUCUGAUAAUGUGUUGGAGACCAGGGUGGCCGAGCUGCUGGCCCAGGGCCACACCAGGCCCCCUGAGCCAGUGGCCAGUGACAGGAACAAAUAUCUAAUCUUCACUACAGGCUGCCUCACCUAUUCGCCACACCAGAUCGGCAUCAAGCAGAUCCUGCCACACCAGAUGACGACUGCGGGGCCAGUGCUGGGGGAGGAGCGGGGCGCUGACGAGUUCUUCGACUCGCUGGACCAUGUCAUCGACGUGCACGGGCACAUCAUUGGGAUGGGGCUGUCGCCCGACCACAGGUACCUGUAUGUGAACAGCCGCUCGUGGCCCAGUGGUGCAGUGGUGGCCGACCCCAUGCAGCCGCCACCCAUCGCUGAGGAGAUAGACCUGCACGUGUUCGACCUCAAGACCAUGCAGGAGGUAAAGCGGGCCCUGCGUGCCCACCGCGCCUACACGCCCAACGACGAGUGCUUCUUCAUUUUUCUUGACGUCAGCAGGGACUUCGUAGCCAGUGGGGCUGAGGACCGGCAUGGCUACAUCUGGGACCGUCACUACAACAUCUGCUUGGCCAAACUGCGGCAUGAGGACGUCGUCAACUCGGUGGCCUUCAGCCCUCGGGAGCAGGAGCUCCUGCUAACAGCCAGUGAUGAUGCCACCAUCAAGGCCUGGCGCUCGCCCCGCACCGUGCGUGCCCUCCAGGCCCCGCGCCCGCGCCCGCGCCCACGCCCCUUUUUCUCUUGGUUUGCCAGCCAGAGGCGUUGACCAGCACUUCUGGCAGGUGAGGCGGCAGCAGCCCUGGGUGUCCUCGAGCUGCCUGGACCCCACUGAGGACAUCAUGGGCCCCUUUCUCAGCUGAGCUGCUGCCCAGGCAUGUGAGGGCUGUGGCAACAGGGCAGCCUGACCCCAACACUCAUGCACAGGUACCCCACUGCACCGCUGUGACACUCAGCACCUGGGGUCUGGUCACCCCACCCGUAUAUCUGCCUCCUGCUGGCCCCAAGGCGCACAGGGUGGGGCCACUCCUCCGAGGGGACUGGAGGACACGCUGAGCUGGGGCCCUCAGCCAGGGCCUGUGGUCUGGUUCCCAGGCAUAGCAUCACGUGGCAGACAAGCCCCCCGAUGGUCCAUGGGGCCAGCCUGCUGGGUGGCAGCACUUUAUAGGAUCCGACUACCCUGGGCCCACGGCCCCUCCUCCGAUCACCUGGCCCAACCAGCAUCUGGGGGAGGAGCAGGUCAGUCGGCCACAGGCCCAGGCCCAUCUGGCACACUGGAGUGUACCACAUGUCACUUGUACACUUGUCACCUGUCCUCUGAAUAAACAGUUGGCAACAGCA